AUGAGUUUUGCUGUAAGGAAGCAACUCCAAUUAUUCAGCGAAUUUCAGAAUUUAUCAAAAACAAAUCAUACAAGCAAAAUAGCUAAAAAGCUUAAAGAAAUCGAAGCAGUUCAUGGACUUCCAGCUGAGGCACCUCCAGUUGUUGAUUGCACUCAUAUGAUUAUGGCCAGAGUUAACAACGACAGAGAUAAAGAAAUAGAAUUUGCAAGAAAAUUAAUCGCAACCAAAAAUAUGGAAUACACAAUCAUCACAGAAUUGUUGGCCACUUUAACAGCUUAUAACUUAUACUCUGACAUCGAAGAACUUUACAAAAUUUUAGCGUUUGCAAUGAAAAACAAAGCAGAAUUAUUCAGAAAUCUCAUGGGUUUGGAGUUUAUGAACAAAAACUAUAAGGAAGCACAAACAAGUGCAAUGUCAAUUGUUCGCCUGGAAAAUACUGACGCAAAUAUUGGUACAGCAGCAUUUGCUUAUUAUAUCUUAGGAAAACAAGAAAAUAAUCCAGUUUUCUUCAAGUUUGGCUUAGCUUUCAUUGAAAAAGUCAAAAACCUCUCUCAAGGAGUUAUUCAGCUCAAGAUUAACCUUCUUGAUGCAAAUUCUAAGUAUCAAGAGAUUAUUGAUUACGUAAAUCAAGAGAACGUCAAGGAACUCUUCAAACCAAAUGAUCUCGUACUCCGCCGCGCUGAAAUGGAAGCAUAUAGAAAAUUAAAUAAGCUAGAAGAGGUUGCAAACUGCGCAGCUAGGUUCUUAGCAGAGUACAAUGACGAUUCUAUUGACGAAUGGCGCCUUGUUGUUCAAUAUCAUGCAGAUCCAAAAUCAUUGAUCGAAAAAUACAAGAAUGGCAUCAAGCGCGGACCAUAUCUUGCAGAAAUAGACCUUGCUCUUAAGAAUGGUGAAGAUAUUGCUCCAUUGUUAUUGCAAUAUUCCGAUAGAUUUUUGAAGAAGAAUUGCGUAUUCGGAGAUCUCAAGAAAUACUUUACUAAAGAGAUUUGCAGUAAGAUCCAAAACAUCAGCGACCCUGCUUGCAGCGCUUUUGUCACAGGAAAAUUAAAUUUCGAAUCUUCAGAGGGCAGAUUGGCCGCAAUUGCAGGCGAAUUCUACUUAUCUAAGUAUCUCGAAACAAAAGAUGUCGAACAGUUCAAACUCGCAGUCAAUGAAGCGAGGAAGUUCCCCGACCACCCAGACUCUCAAUUUUUGUUCAUCAGGUUAUGCGGUAUUGCAAAGAUGGUUUCAGCGGAAUCAGCUGCCUGGGAACAUCUUAGACUCGAAGGUAUCCAGUACUUCAGCCUUUCCUCGACAAUUGUCACUGAUGCAAUUAAUAAUUUUAAUGUUGACGUUUUGAAGGAGUUCUGCAACCACGGAGCCUUCUAUUAUUCAAAGUCCAUCCCUAACUUCUCAAGUGCUAUCGAUAAAGCAUGCCAACACUUGAAUUAUUUCAAUGUUGAAUCAAUGAUCAACUUCUGUCAGCAGAUUUUCUCCCAUUCGAUGCAUUAUCUCUUCUGCUCACUAGAUGCCAUAUUCAAUGUUAUAGAUGGCAAGUAUUUCAACUACGAAUUAGACAAUCUUCAAAUACUCUCAAAGAUAGAGUUAUUCAACAAGACAGAUAGAACAGUCCUUCCUAUCUACUUCGAUAACGAAAACUUAAAGAAUGCAAUGUACCCAGAAAUCAUUGAAAAAGUCCAUAAUUUCGGUGCAGUUGCAAGAACCCUCUUGUCACUUUUCCUCGAAAAAAGUGACACAUCCCUUGAAGAAAUCAAAGCUCCUGAAUGGAAGCCAUUUGUAGAAUACAUCAAGUCUGAGGGCAAAGUUGUUCCUGAGCAAUGCAACAUGUUCACACUUCUUUGCAUUUGUGCUGCAGCCAAGAAAUUCAAUAAAAUUGCCGAACAGAAAGAGAAACUCUCCAAAUUACUUGAUGAAGCAUCUAAACCAAUGCAGGUAGAUACUCAGAUGCUUACAAAGGAUCUCGAAGAGAGAUUGGAGAAAGAAAAUCAGAGCAUUAACAAAUCUAUCCAGUUUAUCCGCAAUUUACUUCAGUAA